GCAAUUCCCUCGAUUUCAGGCGCGUCCGUCACCCUAUUUUAUCCCCAUCAGGGGUCCCUGUGUUUCUAUAUAAGCAUCGGGAACGACUGUUCUGUGAAACUGCAACCAUUUUGCUUUGAUCUGUCAUCAUGGGUACUCUUGUUUUUGCCUUGGGAAAGGCUUUUGCAGUGAAGGGACCUCUGUUUCUGAUUAGUGUUUUGGUUUUGGUGGGUGUUCAUGGCUACCCAGUUGAGGACUUGAUCCACAGGCUGCCAGGACAGCCAAAAGUUGGCUUUAGGCAGUUUGGUGGGUACGUGACAGUAGAUAAGAAGGCGGGGAGGAGUCUGUUUUAUUACUUCGUCGAGGCAGAGGAGCAUGCAGACCACAGCCCUUUAACUCUUUGGUUGAAUGGAGGCCCUGGUUGUUCCUCUAUUGGAGGUGGUGGUUUCACAGAACUGGGUCCAUUCUUUCCCAGAGGAGACGGUCGUAGUCUCCAGAAAAAUCAUCAAUCAUGGAACAAAGCCUCUAACCUGCUCUUUGUUGAAUCACCCGCUGGAGUGGGAUGGUCAUACUCAAAUACAAGCUCUGACUAUAACACUGGAGAUGCAUCUACAGCUUUGGACAUGUACAAAUUCUUGUUGGGAUGGUAUGAGAAAUUUCCAGAGUACAAGUCAAGAGCCCUGUUUCUGACUGGGGAAAGCUAUGCAGGGCACUACAUACCUCAGUUGGCAAGUGUUCUUCUAGAUCACAACAGACAUUCAUCUGGGUUCACAUUCAACAUCAAGGGCUUAGCUAUUGGCAAUCCACUGCUCAAUCUAGAAGUGGACACUCCUGCUACAUAUGAAUACUUUUGGUCCCAUGGGUUGAUUUCUGAUGAGACUGGUUUAAUGAUAAAAAAGGAAUGUGAUUUCCAUAACUAUACAGAUAGUAGUAAACUUUCACCUUCUUGCAAGAAUGCAGUUUCUGAUGCAGAUGAUGAGGUUGGUGACUAUAUCAAUAAUUACGACAUUAUCCUAGAUGUUUGCUAUCCAUCCCUAGUCCAGCAGGAGCUCCAGCUGAGAAAAUGGGCAUCUAAGAUAAGUGUAGGGGUUGAUGUGUGCAUGACAUAUGAAAGACGCUUCUAUUUCAAUCUUCCGGAAGUUCAGCAUGCCCUUCAUGCAAACCGAACUAAAUUGCCUUAUAGCUGGAGCAUGUGCACUGGACUCCUCAAUUACAGAGAUGAAGAUUCAAGUAUUAACAUUCUUCCUGUGCUCAAAAGAAUCAUCAAGCAUGGUAUACCUGUGUGGAUAUUCAGCGGUGACCAAGACUCUGUUGUGCCUCUGUUGGGAUCAAGAACAGUCACUCGUCAGCUCGCUGCUGACUUAGGCUUCAAAAUAACAGUCCCAUAUGGUGCCUGGUUUUACAAGGGUCAGGUUGGGGGAUUUGCAACCGAGUAUGGGAACUUGUUGACCUUUGCAACUGUUAGAGGUGCAGCUCACAUGGUGCCAUUUGCUCAACCAGCAAGGGCACUUGCUCUCUUCAAGGCAUUUGUGUCAAAUAAAAGACUGCCAAAUACUACAUCUCCAUCCAUUGAUUAGAAAUAUAGGGAUGGAACCUUUCUUCAUGAAGUCACCGUUUGGACCUGAUAAUGGCAUUAAUAAGUGAAGCAUGUGCACUUCUCAAAGGAGUCGGUGCCUCCAAGGAAGAUUCUUCAUUACUAUGGCUUGGCAUUGCAGCCAUUGAAUGGAAACUAUGUAAACUAAUGGAAAUUAUGUAAACUAAGGGGCCACAUGCCUCUGUUGGCAAUAUCUCUCAACAAAAAAUCUGAGAGUGGUCUUCUCCACUA